UGUUAUAUAAGUGUCAGUAAAAGAGCGUCGGUUCUUUCUCGGGCACGAUGGCUACAUUCCAGACGGGAAUUUUGCUCCUGAUUCUGGCGCUGUGGAUCACAGAACCUGGAGUAGAGGGAUGCAGCUGUGCACAAGCACAUCUGCAACAGCAUUUCUGCUACUCUGACAUAGUGAUCCGAGCGAAGGUGAUUGGAGAGCAGACCGUAUUCCCCACAGACAGCUUACACGGCGAGGAGAUGAUCGAAUACAAGAUCAAACUUAUCAAGAUGUUUAAAGGCUUCGACAAGGUGGAUAACCUGACGUACGUCUACACCUCAGUCCAUGAAUCUCUGUGUGGCGUUAGGCUGGACGCCAAGAACAAGGUUCAAUAUUUGCUUUCAGGAUCUUUGUUUAACCAAGGGAAAGUGGAAGUUGAACUGUGUGGCAUCGUUGAGCCCUGGGACGAGCUCCCACUGGCACAGAGGAAGAACCUCCACAGAUACCAGAAAGGCUGCGAGUGUGAGAUUUCCAGCUGUUACGAACAUCACUGCCGUGCCACCAAAAACAAGUGUGUGUGGCAUCCGUACAGCGAGCAGACGGUCUUCGGCGUGUGCACUAAACACGCUAACGGUUCAUGCGGCUGGAUCAUGUAAAAGUUGUCGCAGACCCCUGAAAGUCAGCAGUAACGCAGCACUCUGAUGUUUAAUCUUUAUUUCAGAUGUGAAACGGUCGAAUAAAAGAAUCGCCGCUGUAUAACCAA